CUAGAUUGAAGCGACACGCCGCGCGCAAACGUUGUCCGGUGCACGAACACAUCCUGCUGUGUUCGUACGGCAGCGUCGCGCUACGCUUUGUGACUUGCCGUCGUAAAUCUGCAAAGCGCGAGCGUGUUCCUUCUUUUCUCUCCUUUGCAACGACGCUUCUGUUUGUUUCCCCUCGAAAGAGAUUUCCGCCGCGCCGCAAAGGACGACCGCAGAACCGAGUCAGCUUCGCGUGGUCGCGGCAACGGCAGCGUCCGGAGCCCGAGAGAAGCACAAGUACCUGCAUUUCGAUUGCAUCGGACUUGUCAGCCAAAUUGAGGCAUUGAUACCUCCUUCUACCUCCUUCAGCGAGAAUACCACCGAAUCCAUCCACCGUUCAUUCGCACACUGUACGAUGCUCGAGACCAAAGCGCAGAAGGUCCUGCAGGACGAGCAGUGCUUCGAGAUCAUACGCAAGAAACUGCGGCAAGACGCGAUGGACGACUUCUCGCUGGUCGGCUACGAGAUCGUGCCGAUAGACAAGGUGAACGGUUUCCUCGGCCAAUACUUCACGCUGAAGGCCACCGUCGCCUGUCCGAAGUCGCCGUUAGAGACGAGAAGCAUCAACUUCUUCACGAAGAUCCCGCCGCCGAUCAGCAGCCCGCAGUACCACUUCAUCCAGGCGUACGGUACGUUCAAGAAGGAGGUCGCCCUCUACACUACGGUGUUCCCGGAGAUGUUGGACGGCCUCGACAAGCGAUGCAUCCCCGAGUGCUUCCUCGGGAUCGAAAACGACGUGAUCGUCCUCGAGGACAUGGCCCACAGCGGCUACACGAUGACAGACAAGUACAUUCCCUUCGACUUGCAGCACUGCGCGAUCCUCAUGAAGACGCUCGCCAAGUUCCACGCCAAGUCCUUCGUCUUUGAGCGGCAGUACAAGAAGAGCCUGCACGACGAAUUCUCGCACUGCAUGCAUGAGACCCUUUGGCCGCGCGCCGACGACAGAGCGAAGGCGAUGAUCGACGCAGCCGUGAAGGGCGUCGUCUCGAUGAUCGACCUGCUGCCCGGCCUGAGCAACGAUCAACGUGGUAACUUCAAGGAGAGGGUCGUGCAGUUCUGCGCGGACCACACGGACAAACUGUCGCCGUCGGUGAAGCACAAGAACGUGCUGUGCCACGGUGAUCUGUGGGCGAACAACGUGUUGUUCAAGUACGAUGCCGACGGACGGCCCGUCGAAUGCUGCCUCAUCGACUUCCAGUUGGCGAGAUACAACCCACCGGCGCACGAUAUACUGUGCUUCCUCCAGUUCACGACAACGCGGAAAUUACGGGACGAGCACAGCGAGACGCUCUUCAAGGCCUAUCAUGACUCCAUGGCGAGCGUCCUGAAGGAAGCUGAUCUGGAUAUAUCGGAGGUCCUUCCUUGGAAAGAGUUCGUCGAGUCUAUUCAAGAUCUGCGCACGAUGUGCGUGGCCCAUGGUGUCCUCAACACGCCGAUCAUGCUGCUGAAACCUAACGCGGCCAGCAAGUACUUCUGCGAGCAGCCGGAGCUCCUCGAGAGCAUUUUGUUCGUUGACAGAACACCGCUCGUUUGCGAUCAAUUCAAAGAGGUGCCGGAGUAUCGUGCUCGGAUGAUCGACGGCUUGCUGGAGUUGCACGACCAUAUAUAGCCGACUAAAAUUGCCGCGCUCGCGGCGAGUGUUGUGUCUCUCCGCGAGACGCAAAGUCCGGAAGAAGAGUACACUGGGAAGAGAAAUUUAGUAUCUCUAACAAAACUGUUUAGUUGAGGCAUUUUUUAAUAGC